UAUAAUGAUGGACUGAAUCUGAAGGAAGAAAUGGUUAACAGAGGAGUGUUUAUAAUCUCUCUGUCUUUGUGCUCCUCCUCCAAAACCACCUCCUCAUACACACAGAGAACCAGGAAGUUCAUUUCAAAGGAAACGAAACUCAGAGUUCAGUGCAGUCUCUCUCUGUGUCUCUCUCUCUCUCUCUCUCUCUCUCUCUCUCUCUCUCUCUCUCUGUCUCUCUCUCUGUGAGUUCAGGAAAAUGGCCGAGGCCAGUAUUUCAGUAGAUCAGGAUCAGUUCAUUUGUCCAGUUUGUCUGGAUCUGCUGAAGGAUUCGGUGACGAUCCCCUGUGGUCACAGUUUCUGUAAGGUGUGUAUUAAUGACUGCUGGGAUCAGGAAGAUAAGAGCGGAGUGUAUAGUUGUCCUCAGUGCAGAGACACUUUCACUCCGAGGCCUGUUCUACGCAGAAACAACAUGCUGGCUGAAGUGGUGGAGAAACUGAAGAAGACUGAAGUCCAAGCUGCUUCUCCUGCUCACUGUUACGCUGGACCUGGAGAUGUGGAGUGUGAUUUCUGCACCGGGAGAAAACACAAAGCCGUCAAGUCCUGUCUGGUGUGUGUGGCUUCUCUUUGCGAAACUCAUUUAAAACCUCAUCUUAAAAUUCCUGCUUUGAAAAAGCACAAGUUAGUCGAAGCUUCUGGAAAUCUAGAAGAGAAGAUCUGCUCUGAGCAUGAUAAAGUGCUGGAGAUCUACUGUCGUACUGACCAAAGCUUCAUCUGUUAUCUGUGUAUGACGGAUGAACACAAAAGCCACGACACCGUCUCAGUUAAAGCGUACAGAACUGAAAAACAGAGUGAGUUAAAGGAGGAGCAGAUGAAAUCCCAGCAGAGAAUCCAGGAGAAGCAGAAGAAGGUGCAGGAGCUGAAACAGGCUGUGAACACUAUAAAGCUCAGUGCACAGACAGCAGUGGAGGACAGUGAGAGGAUCUUUACUGAGAUGAUCGGCUCCAUGGAGAAAAGGCGCUCGGAGGUGACGGAGCUGAUCAGAGCUCAGGAGAAGGCCGAACUGAGUCGAGCUGAACGACUCCUGGAGCAACUGGAGCAGGAGAUCGCUGAUCUUCAGAGGAGAGUCACUGAGCUGGAGCAGCUUUCACACACAGAUGAUCACCUCCACUUCCUCCAGGAAAUAAAGGUUUUAGUCUCCGGCCGUCGCUCUCCCGACUUUACUAGACCAGGUUUUCAGUCUGAUCUCCGUGAGGACUCACGCAGCAUCGCUGUCAGUCAACAUCUCUCAUUUGAUGGAGUGAGGGAAUCUCUCUCUGCUCUGAAAAAGAGACUCGAGGAAUUCUGCCAGGAGGAAUUCAUCAGAAUCCCUGAACACGCUGCAGCAGUUCACAUCAUUUCACCCCCAGAACCAAAGAGCAGACAAGAUUUUCUGCAGUAUUUCUGUGAUCUGACUCUGGAUCCCAACACAGUACAUUAUAACCUCAUUCUGUCUGAGAGGAACAGAGCGGUGACGUGCAGUGGGAGAAAGCAGCAGUACUCUGAUCAUCCAGAGAGAUUUGACUCCUACAGGCAGGUGUUGAGUAAGGAGAGUGUGUGUGGACGCUGUUACUGGGAGGUGGAGUGGAGCGGUGGUGGGUUUGGUGUGGACAUAUCAGUCUCAUAUAAAGACAUCAGCAGGAAAGGAUCGGGAAAUGAGUGUUGGUUUGGACGCAACAAUCAGUCCUGGAGUCUGUGGUGUUCUUCUUCUUCUCUCUUUUUCUAUCACAACAACAUUAACACUGAUCUCAGAGUUCCAUCAUCCUCCAGAAUAGGAGUGUAUGUGGAUCACAGUGCAGGAAGUCUGUCCUUCUACAGCGUCUCUGACACGAUGAAGCUCCUCCACAGAGUCCACACCACAUUCACUCAGCCUCUAUACGCUGGGUUCUGGCUCGGCUAUUGUGGAUCAACUGUGAGAUUACGUGAUCCAGAAUAAAAUAUCAGAAAUGUGAUUUUAUUGAAUUAAAAUGAGCAACUUUACUUUUUUAUAUCAAGCUUAAUUCCAAUGUAAUAUGAGGCAUUUAUUUGUGAUUUCCCAAUUUUCCUUUAUAACGUUAGAUCUUUCCUCUGUCUUUUAGGAGAUUUCAGUAUUACACAGUAAUGCUUGAAAGUUUGUGAACCCUUUAGAAUUUUCUAUGUAUCUGCAUAAGACCUAAAACAUCAUCAGAUUUAGACAAAUCCUAAAAGUAGAAACUAUUACACUUGGUCAUUUAUUUAUUCAGGAAAAUGAUCCAAUAUUAGACAUGUGAGUGGCAAAAGUAUGUGCACCUUUGCUGUCAGUAUCUGGUGUGACCCCCUUGUGCAGUAAUAACUGCAGAUAAGCGUUUGCGGUAACUGUUGAUCGGUCCUGCACAUCGGCUCGGAGGAGUUUUAUCCCGUUCCUCAGUACAGAACAGCUUCAACUCUGGGAUGUUGGUGGGUUUCCUCACAUGAACUGCUCGCUUCAGGUUCUUCCACAACAUUUCUAUUGGAUUAAGGUCAGGACUUUGACUCGGCCGUUCCAAAACAUUACCUUUAUUCUUCUUUAACCGUUCUUUGGUUGAAAGACUCGUGUGUUUAGGGUCGUUGUCUUGCUGCAUGAUCCACUUUCUCUUGAGAUUCAGAUCACGUACAGAUGUCCUGACAUUUUCCUUUAUAAUUCUCUGGAAUAAUUCAGAAUCCAUUGUUCCAUCAAUGAUGGCAAACCGUCCCGGCCCAGAUGCAGCAAAACAGCCCCAAACCAUGACACUACCACCACCACGUUUCACAGAUGGGAUAAGGCUCUUAUGCUGGAAUGUAGUGUUUUCCUCUCUCCGAACAUAAUGCUUGUCAUUUAACCCAAAUAUUAUGUUUUGGUCUCAUCCAUCCACAAAACAUUUUUUUCAGUAGCCUUCUGGCUUCUCCAUGUGAUCUUUAUGCACACACAAAUCCAUCGCUGUGUCGGUUACGCGCUCUGCAGCGUAAAUCACUGCAGUGUCGGUCAGAUCAUUAACUGUAAAUAAGUGUGAAUGCACUUCAUGUCAUACUCGUGGCCCAUCAUGCGCUUUUCUCAUUUACCAUGCACUCUCAUUCACGUGCUGUACAUUUUAGUUCAGAAUGCAGGACGACAUUUGAAAUGCUCCUGCUGUUUAUAUUCCAGUUUCAUUUAGUUUGGACUUUCAUUAAUGUAUAUACGUAAACAACCGUAUAGUUCUGUGUAGACAACUAUGACUAAGUGUGCUGUUUUCCGUAAAGAACUGUAUUCUCUGAUUCUGUUUUCUUCUCUGACUCCUUGAGGUGUAGAUCAGUUUGUUAAUUUGAGCGUUAUGAUACAUUAUGUGAAAGAGUGUAAGUAUCGUAUGACAUGAGUAGCUCUCAGACACUUUCAUUGUUUUGAAAAUAGCUCUCAAUUGAAAAAAGGUCGGAGAGCCCUGUUUUAGAGUAAUAGGUUAACGAGAAUAAGAAAUUUAACACGUUUUCUAGUUAAACCGUCGUGUGUUUAUACGCGUCAGCUUUAAGAGACGGGACCAGGAGCACGGCUUUUCCUCUCUACGUCAAUAUCGUGGCUCUUUUAAGGGGGAAGCUGCUUUACGGGGUCGCCGGUUGACGUCACGACACAUGGCACAAAACUGAUUUUAUUUAAUAGCUGAACAUUCUGGCUUUGUGAAACCUACUUCAAUCAAAUGAAAUGAAACUGUUUUAAUUAAUGGCAUAUCUUUUCCCCGGGUUAUGGAAGUAUAAUAGUGGCAAAUGUCUUCAGGGCAAAAUGGCAUGUUGAAUUACAAAAAUUGAAUAAAAACUUAUCGCAAUAACAAUACUUGAAUUUUUCUGUCCAGCAAUUUGACACAAAUAUAAAAAAACACAGCAAUAUUAAUGCUUGAAUUAGUUUCCUCUGCAAUUCAUUGGGUUUGUAUAUUUUGAUUGAAAACAAAAUUUUCAAGGAAUUUGGAAUUCGGAACAUGUAAGUGAGAAGGCGCGUGGAGUGAGCUCCUGAGCAUUUUAUCUUUUAAUUGUACUUUUCAGGCAACCUGAAUCUUUUCGAAAACAUCUGCUGCGCUCCUUUUCAAUCACUCGGUCUAUAACUAUAACCAGAAAGGAAUUAUGGCUUCUGAAAGACUACGGAAACCUAAAUCUUCACCGAGCACGACGAGUCCUGGCGACAAGCUACCACUGGAUUUGGAAUAUCUCCGCAACACUCUAGCGGAGCUAACAUCUACCAUCGCAGUUCAGGUGAAAGCAGCUAUUGACUCGGCUCUGGCCCCAGUUGUUGCGUCUUUUGAGAGUUUUAAAUCGGGCAUUGAAUCACAAGGACGACGUAUUGACGAGCUUGACCAGCACCUGAACGAUUACAGUGACCGCAUUGUAGCACUGGAACAGACGGUGCUAAAGCUAACAUCAGCUAACAAAGAACUCAUUGAGAAAGUUGAGGAUUUGGAGUCCCGUUCACGGCGCUGCAAUCUCCGGGUCAUCGGUAUUCCGGAACGAGAAGAAGGGAGCGUUCCGAUUUCUGUGAUCUGACUCUGGAUCCCAACACAGUAAAUUAUAACCUCAUUCUGUCUGAGAGGAACAGAGCGGUGACGUGCAGUGGGAGAAAGCAGCAGUACUCUGAUCAUCCAGAGAGAUUUGACUCCUACAGGCAGGUG